AUAGGAGGUGAAGUCGGCAGACGAGGUUCAGCAGCCGUCGGUCGUCGCCGUUCUUCUUCUACUGAAUUCAAUUCGCCUGAUUGAUUGAUACAUAUGACGACAAUAUCGCCUUCUCCUUCCAAUUCCCUUGAUUCCGUAACUCUAAUCAUGGACCACCAGACCUCCUCUUCAUCUUCAUCUUCAUCCCAACAACAGUCAUUCCAUCACCCAACUCCUCCCUUCGAUUUAACUUCCACCAUACCUUCGAAUCCCACCGCUGCCGACGACCUCCCCAACCUCCUUCACCUUUCCUUCAAUCAAGACUCUGCCUGUUUCGCAGCUGGCACCGAUCGUGGCUUCCGUAUUUACAACUGCGACCCCUUCCGAGAGAUUUUCCGUCGGGACUUUGACAACGGUGGCGGUAUCGGUGUCGUCCAGAUGCUUUUUCGAUGUAACAUACUCGCUUUAGUCGGUGGUGGACCGGAGCCACAGUAUCCUUUAAACAAGGUGAUGAUUUGGGACGACCAUCAGAGCCGAUGCAUCGGUGAACUGUCGUUCGGGUCCGAAGUUAAGUCUGUACGGUUGAGGCGGGACCGGAUAGUUGUGAUUUUACUUGAGAAGAUUUAUGUUUAUAAUUUUGCGGAUUUGAAGCUUUUGCAACAGAUAGAUACAUUCACAAAUUCCAAGGGCUUAUGUGAGGUUUCUCAUCUUUCUGGGUCGAUGGUGUUGGUGUGCCCAGGGCUGCGGAAGGGGCAAAUCAGGGUGGAGCAUUAUGCAUCCAAGCAGACCAAGUUUAUAAUGGCUCAUGAUUCCAGGAUUGUGUGUCUUGCUCUCACUCAUGAUGGCAGGUUGCUCGCUACUGCCAGUAGUAAGGGAACUCUGAUUCGAAUAUUCAACACUCUUGAUGGUUCCUUGCUUCAGGAGGUAAGGAGGGGUGCAGAUAGAGCAGACAUCUACAGCCUUGGUUUCUCUACGACAGCAGAAAGGCUAGCCGUUUCAAGUGACAGGGGCACCGUUCAUGUUUUCAACUUAAAAAUUGAUUCUGGACCGUUGGGAAUGGAAAGAUCACAAAGUGUGUCGGAGCUAAAUAAUGCAACUUCACCAGUUGUUUCACAUCUAUCAUUCAUGAAAGUUGGUGUUGCAGGUGUACUACCAAAGUAUUUCAGUUCAGAAUGGUCAGUGGCUCGGGUUCAUUUGAACGAGGGUUUGCAGUAUGUUGUUGGUUUUGGUCAUCAGAGGAACACGGUCGUGAUCCUUGGAAUGGAUGGAAGCUUCUAUCGAUGCGAGUUUGAUCCAGCAGGUGGUGGGGAGAUGAGUGUGGUGGAAUGCCACAAUUUCUUGAAGCCAGAAGCAGAAGCAGAAGAAAAAGAAAAAGAAAGCUUGUUGUGAGAAACAACUGAAUAUAGGUCUGUUGUGAUUAUGCAAAUGAGGAGAGAGGUUUUGUGUAAAUAUGUAAGUAUUUUCUACUCAACUCUACUUAAUAAAGCCAAGCUCUCUUUUGUUUUUACA